CUUUAACUCUCGCUUUCUACGCUCCAAAAAUCGCCAAAAUGUGCAAAAUCCUCCCCCUUUUCGUCCUGGCCGUGGUGGUCGCCUGUUGUUAUGGUCUUCCCGUGGAACCCGAACGCGAGCCCGUGGCAAUCCUGAAAUCCGAGAUUAACAAGAAAGCUGAUGGUGCCUACGACGCCGCAUACGAAAGUGCAGAUGGAACCUCUCGCAAGGAGGAGGCUACCGUGGUGGACAAAGACACUGAGGAGGAGGCUCUCGAGGUGAAGGGAUCCUACAAGUACAUUAACGACCUUGGCGAGGAGGUUGAGGUGUUCUACACGGCGGGAAAGAAUGGAUUCGUCCCAUAUGGCACCAGUAUCAAUCCUGAAAUCACAGCUGUGGCCGAGGCAGCCAAGGAUCUGCCCAAAGUGCAGAAGGUGGAGAAGGCUUAGGAUGUUUUUUCUGGAAGAGAUCUCUUAGAUGGUAAUUCAAAAGAUUAAGGGAAGAAGCCAACGCGUUGUUGCUGGGCAAACAGAAAUAAAAGUCAAUGCGGAUUGCGAAGAAAUGAUAUUUCAAUCUAUCUAAUUUGCAUGUCUCGAACAUUUUUUUUACCUACUCGCCGAAAAUUGGGAGUUAGAGAAAAAUAUAAUACAAAAAAAAAAUUAAGCCUACAAUUUU